GAGGGGCCGGCCUGCCCGCGCAUGCGCCGUGGUAAAAGGCCGGUACCUCGGGCAAGAUGGCUACCAAGAGUGUCGCUUCCCGCUUCCGGGGCUCCCGGCGUUUUCUGAGCGGCUUCGUGGCUGGGGCUGUAGUGGGCGCUGCGGGAGCUGGGCUCACGGCCCUGCAGUUCUUCCAGAGUCAGGGAGCUGAGGGAGCGUUGACAGGGAAGCAGCCGGAUGGAUCUGCAGAAAAGGCUGUCUUGGAACAAUUUGGAUUCCCUUUAACUGGAACAGAUACAAGGUGUUACACUAAUCACGCUUUGUCUUAUGAUCAGGCAAAGCGGGUGCCUAGAUGGGUUCUUGAACAUAUUUCCAAAAGCAAGAUAAUGGGUGAUGCAGACAGAAAGCAUUGUAAAUUUAAGCCUGAUCCCAAUAUCCCUCCAACCUUCAGUGCCUUCAAUGAAGAUUAUGUUGGAAGUGGGUGGUCACGAGGACACAUGGCUCCAGCAGGAAAUAACAAAUUUUCAAGUAAAGCCAUGGCUGAAACCUUUUACCUUUCUAACAUUGUGCCUCAGGAUUUUGAUAAUAAUUCUGGAUAUUGGAACAGAAUAGAAAUGUACUGUCGAGAGCUGACAGAAAGGUUUGAAGAUGUUUGGGUGGUAUCUGGGCCUUUGACCUUACCUCAGACUAGAAGCGAUGGAAAGAAAAUAGUUAGUUACCAGGUGAUUGGGGAGGACAACGUGGCAGUCCCCUCACACCUUUAUAAGGUAAUCCUAGCCCGCAGAAGCUCAGUAUCUACCGAACCACUGGCGCUAGGGGCCUUUGUGGUACCCAAUGAAGCCAUAGGCUUCCAGCCCCAGUUAACUGAAUUCCAAGUGAGCCUCCAGGACCUAGAGAAGUUGUCAGGACUGGUGUUUUUUCCUCGUUUGGAUAGAACUAGUGAUAUCCAGAAUAUCUGCUCUGUGGACACCUGUAAGCUCCUGGAUUUCCAGGAGUUCACCUUGUACUUGAGCACAAGAAAGAUUGAAGGAGCCCGAUCAGUGCUCAGACUGGAAAAGAUCAUGGAAAACUUGAAGAAUGCAGAGAUUGAACCAGAUGAUUACUUCAUGAGUUGCUAUGAGAAGAAGCUAGAAGAACUCAAAGCUAAGGAGCAGUCAGGAACCCAGACAAGAAAGCCAUCCUAGUUUUUAUCUCAAGAUGUGUCAUAUCGUCUGUAAUGAAGCAGGGACUGUUCAAACGGCUGCAUUCACAGAUACCAGAGACGCCAGUGUCUUCACCAUCACCAACGAUGUGUCGGCGCUGCCUCAGCAGGUAUUGGGAACUUGCUCUUGUUUACAGUUUGGCUCCCCAUGGUAGCUGUAGGAGGUAGGAUCUGGGUGGAUGGGACCUGGGAUUCAUUCUUAAAAUAGGUCCCCAAAUGGUCAUCCAUUCUGCUUGCCAAGGGCUCUGUGGGGCAGACGUAGGAGGCCUGAGGGGCUGCCUGGGAGGUGAUCUGAGGAAGCCUCCUGUGGCACUUUCAUGGCUGUCCUAGCCAGAGACCAGAGACACCUCCUCUCCCACUUCUGAGCGCUCUGUCUACCAAUUUUGCAUCCGAAAUAGCUCCCUAGCUUCUCAUUCUCUACUAGCCCCAUCCUGGUCCAAGCCACCCUCAUCUCUCCCUGUAGAGAUCACCUGACUGGUUAUUCUCCCUCGUUGCACUUUGUACUCCCCUACCCUGCCAUAUAGUUUUGUAACUAUAAACAGCCUUGUUUGUGGAUUUGGAGGUGAAUACCUGUUUUCCUAACUUGACUGUGAGCUAUGUGAGGACAGGGACCUUGUCUGGUUUUAUCUAUAAGAUGCUCAAUAUGUGGUUGCUAAACAAAGAGUGGACAGAUGCCUCAGUUUCCCCAGCUGGUCCCUAUGUAGGCUGAUCUCACUUGGUGGGAGUGAGUGAGUGAGGAAGGGGACCCUCUGGUUCUGGAGCCUCUCGCCUGGCCCUGCUGCUCAGUAGUCAUUGAUCCUUCAAAUGUCAGAGUGUCCACAGGAGAGAGAGGGUGGCAGGUAGGGCUGGCAGAAGGCAGAUGCGUGGCUUUAUAAUGAUCCUAUGCUUGGGGCUGGGUGGGUUUCAGCUGGGGUGUGGGAGCAGAGAAAUUGGCUUUGGGGGGCUCUGUGAUGGGGGCCUUGCAGCAGGUGGGUGGUGAGGGCAGCAUGGAGGUGGUAGCUGGCCUGGAAGGGAGGAGGACACUAGGUGGCUGGGGUGCCAAGAGAGUCCUGGCAGGGGCUGGUAGCUGGGAAGGCUGGGCAGGGCUGCCCACAAUCAAGAGGGUGACAAUGAGUAUGAAGAGUAUGCUUAGUGGAAGUGAAGGCCUGGGAGGCUGGGAGGACCAGAGGUUUGUUUCCCCCAACCACGCCCUUGCUCCUUGCCUCAUCUUCCUCACCCCUCCUGUACCGUGGCCGCUCGGGACCUCCUCUUCUCCCUGAUCUGGUCUUUCAGAAAUCUCUGGCCUCUAACCUCUAUAACCCCUUGCUCUCCCAGCCUCCCAGCCCCGUCUGCUCACCAAGUCACAUCCCCACCACCCCUCCUGCCCUGCCUGCAGCCUGGGCCCUGCUGAGCUGCCGUGCCCUUCUCUCAUCACCUCCUCCUCGCUCCCUGUGGCACCCUGGCACCAGCCCCAGAUCUGUGUGCACUGAUUUCCCAACAUUCCUGUCCUCCUUCCCACCCCACUGCCCCAAAGGGAGGGGCUCAAGGACUUGAGACACUUCCCUUGGGGGGCCCAGCUUUCCCCCAGAGUCAGGGAGGGAUGAAGGCAGGGCUGCUGGAGGGCUGGGCCCGCAGACCUGUGGAGCUGCCUAGUGGGAGGUAGAGGGCUGGAGUGGGAGAGCAUGCGGAGCCACUGUGAGGGCAGGAGAUGCAGCCCUGCAAGGCCACACUGCUCUCCCCAGCUUCCCACUGUCUUGGUCUUGCCUGGUGUCACCUGCCCUUCCCAGCUCUGCCUCUGACUUCUGCAUCUCCCCUGAUCCUUUCAGUUUCUCAUGGUCCUUCUUAUGGGUGAUUAAGGAGCUGGGCCCUAGUCCGUUUCUGGAGGGCAGGAGUUGGAGGUGAGCUUCCCGUUGCCUUGUGUGUGUAACUCUAGAGUCCCGUGGGUGGGUGGCUGCUGGACAUGCCCUGGGAAGGGAAAGGGACCUGUAAGGGUGUGUCCAUAAACAGAGCGAUUCUAGAACUCAGGGAUGCUACUGUGGACAGGACUUAGAGAUUGUUCAGCCCCCACCCUCUCCCACAACCAUUUAUAGAUGAAAACAUUGGACUUUAACAGGGAAAUAGGAUUGACAUGAACGAGUCACAUAGGGCUUAAUAAUCAUCAUCACUGUCAUCAUACUGGACAUUUAUUAAGUGCUUACUAUAUUUGAGGGAUCAUUGUAAAUUCUUUACAAAUCUUAAUUUUCAUAGUCCUCACACUACCCUGGGAGGCAGCUGUUGUUAUUUUCCCCAUUUUACAGACAAGGGAACAGAAACUGGACCAGUGAGGUCAGUUUCCCCAGAUCACACAGAAAGCCUGUGUCAGAGCAGUGGAAGUUUAUCACACACAGGGAGGCUUGCUCCUUCCAGUGAUGAUGUAAGCAUAUAAGCAUUGUUGAGAGCUCUUUAAAACAGUGGCAGACAUUUCACCAAAGAAGAUAGAGGAAUAGCCAAUAAGCACAUGGAAAGAUGCUCACAUUAUGGGCACGGUGGCGCAUGCCUGUAAUCCUAGCACUUUGGGAGGCCGAGGCAGGAGGACUACUUGAGCCCAGGAGUUUGAGACGAGCUUGGGCAACACAGCAACGCCCCCAUCUCUACAACAUUUUUUUUUUUUUUAAAUAGCUCAUGCCUGUAGUCCCAGCUACUCAGGAGCCUCAGGUGGGAGGAUCACUUGAGUCUGGGAGUUCAAGGUUACAGUGAGCUAUGAUUGUGCCACUGCACUCCAGCCUGGGUGACAGAGUGAGACCCCAUCUCUUAAAGAAGAAAAAGACAUGCUCAACACCAUUAGUCAUCAGGAAAAUCCAAAUUAAAAUUACAAGAUACACCUACUCAAAUGGCUAAAGUUAAAGGAAAAAUAAGGCUGGCAAUACUAAAUGCUGGCAUGGAUAUACAGCAACUGGAACUCUCAUUGCUGAUUGAAAAGCAAACAAAUGCUUUGGAAAACAUUUUGACAAUUUCAUAUAAAGUUAAACAUACACUAUUAAUAUAACUCUGAAAUUCAAUUCCUAGAUAUUUACCCAAGAGAUAAAAACACAGCCAGGUGUGGUGGCUCAUGCCCGUAAUCCCAGCAUGCCUGGGAGGCUGAGGCAGGCAGAUCACUUGAGCUCAGGAUUUUGAGACCAGCCUGCGCAACAUGGUAAAACCCUGUCUCUACUAGAAAUACAAAAAAAAUUAUUUGGUACGUUGGUGCAUGUCUGUAGUCCCAGCUACUUGGGAGACUGAGGAGGGAGGAUUGCUUGAACCUGGGAAGAUGAAGUUGCAGUGAGUGGAGGUCAUGCCAAUGCACUCUAGUCUGAGUGACAGAGUGAGACUCCAUCUCAAAAAACAAACAAAAAAACGUCCAAAACACAUAAGCCCACACAAACUUCUAUAUACAAAUAUUCAUGGCAGCUUUAUUCACAAUAGCAAAAAAUGGUAAACAACUCAAAUGUCCAUCAACUGUUGAAUGGAAAACAGACUGUUUUAUGCUCAUAUAAUGGAAUACUGUUCAACAAUAAAAAGGAACAACUGAUACAGACAAUGACAUGGAUGGAUCUCUAAUGCAUUAUGCUAAGUGAAAGCAGCCAGGCACACAAGGCUGCAUACAAAAAUUCCUCCACUUAUAUGGACUCUCCAGAAAAGGCAAAUCUAUAGGAACAGAAAAUCGAUCAGUGAUUGCCAGGAACAGCGGACUGACCAUGAAGGAGAUGAGACAACUUCUUGAUGUGAUGGAAAUAUUCCAUAUCUUAAUUAUGGUGGUGGCUGUACUGCUUAAACAUUUGUCAAAACUCAUCAAACUGUGCAUUUAAGAAGGGUGCCUUUUAUUGUAUAUAAGUUAUACUUUCCUAAAACUGAUUAAAAAAUAAAAACAGUGGGCUGGGAAAGGGAAGAAAAUAGGAUGGUCAUGGUCGGCCUUAUUGCAAAAGUGACCUCUAAGACUUGGAAGAGGAAGCAGAGGAGCUAGGGCUGAUCCUGGGGGAAGAGCAUUCCAGGUGGGAGGGAACAGCCAGUGCUCCAGUGCCAGGCCAAGACAUGCUUGGCCAGAAACCUGUAAGGAGUCGGUGUCGCUGAAGUGGAGCAAGAGGCUGGCCAUAGCGAGGCUCAGACAGGCAAAUGGGCAAGGGAUGGAUCAGGGCUGGGUAAGGGCUGGGUAAAGGCUUUUCCUCUGGGUGAGAUGAGGCUGCUGGAGGGCUUUCGAUGAGUGUGAUCUGACUUGAUUUUAAUAGGACCACGCUGGCUGCUGUGUUGAGAGCAGCUAGGGACCAGGACUGGUGAGGAGGCCGCUGCAAGAAUCCAGGAGAGAGAUGAUGGCAGCUCAGACCAGUGCAGUGGCAGUGGAGAUGUUGAGAAGUGGUUGAACUUAGGACAUAUUUCGAAGGCAGAGCCAACAGGAUUUCCGGCCGGAUUGGAUGUAGGGUGUGAGAAAAAGAGAGGAGGCAAGGAUGAC